GGCGCGCACGAGGGCUUCCCGCGUGGGCCUGUGUUUCUCGGGCCGCUGCCGCGCGCCGCGUCGCCAUGAGCCUGCCCCUCAACCCCAAGCCGUUCCUGAACGGGCUGACGGGGAAGCCGGUGAUGGUGAAGCUGAAGUGGGGGAUGGAGUACAAGGGCUACCUCGUCUCCGUCGACGGCUACAUGAACAUGCAGCUUGCAAACACAGAGGAGUAUAUAGACGGUGCGUUGUCUGGACACCUGGGUGAAGUUUUGAUAAGGUGCAAUAAUGUUUUGUACAUCAGAGGUGUGGAAGAAGAGGAAGAAGAUGGAGAAAUGAGAGAAUAGGUGUUUUGUAUAUCUGGAAAUAAACUUUUUUCUUUUUUUUGUUUUUCCAUAA